UAGUGGUACAUGCCUCUUCUCCACUGGUUGAUGUAAUUAUGGCCAAACCCAAAGAAAAGCGGAAACAGGAUGUGUAAUGUAAUGAAGUCCGUGAAGAGGUUUAAGAACUCAGACAUUUCUGAGUAGCUCUAGUUGUUGGAUUUUUCAAACAGACAAUGCUACAACUUCACCUAACGCUCCACAAUCUUCAUAUAUGAUGUCUGUGAGAUGCCACGUUCUGUCUGUCUGAAGGAUUUCUUCAAAAGAUUUUCUACAUAUAUAUGCUGAUUUUUGGGACUUAAACAGAAAGACAUCUACGUGCAAAUGAGCAGAGAAUUUACCACAUCCUCCCUGUAUAUUUUUUCUGUAUUGGUGUAAACCAAAAGUCUGUUGUCUCAACCGAAAUGAUGUAUAGUAGUCUGGCAUGAGCUCAGUGAUAGUCACAGUGAAGAAAGGAUAAACUGCAUUUCGCUUUACUUGACUCAAUUUUUAAGAGUUGAGUACAUUGCUCACAUACAAAUUGUGCAAAAAUGGAAAGUGCAAAUCACAGCACCUGUGUGAUCAAUGACAAAAUGGUACCCUUCGCCACAUUUUAUAUCAUCAUCUUCCUCAUUGGCAUUACCACCAGCCUAGUGGCACUAUGGGCCUUCAUCACCAGCAAAAGUGCAAAAAAGUGCAUCAACGUUUACCUGAUCAACCUUCUGCUGUCAGACUUUCUCCUCAUGAUGGCUCUUCCAGUUAAAAUCGCAAACGAUCUGGGCAACGUGUCUCAGAGUUUGAUGGUCUUUCACUGCCAGGUGAGCGGGCCACUCAUCUACAUCAACUUGUACGCUUCGAUCAUCUUUCUUUCAUUUAUCAGUGUUCAACGGUAUCUACAAAUAACCCAGAGCUCAAAACUUCUCCGAUUGCAGGAGGUGAGCUUUGCUGUGCUGAUGUCAGCAGUGGUCUGGUUCCUCAUCCUCUUCAUAAAUGUGCCCAACAUGGCCAUACCUAUGAAUAACAUUACAGUUAAACAAGGGGUAACCUGUUCUGACUUGAAAACUGAAAUGGGGAAACACUGGCACGCACUGUCUGUCUUUCUGGGCAUGGCUAUCUUCUUCAAUGCCUCUGCAGCUGUGCUUUUGUCUAACGGUCUGGUCUUGAAGCAGCUCUGGGGUCGACGUGAAACUGACCCAGAGGACCAAGCGAGUGCCCGGCAUGCCUUUAGAAAUAUCGCACUGGUGACUCUGGCUUACGUUAUAUGCUUUGUGCCAUACCAUGCGGUGCGGAUGCCGUACACCUUUACGCAAGUCACUGAGUUAAUCACAGAUUGUGACUUGAAAAAGAGUCUGUUCUUGGCCAAGGAGUCUACUCUGCUUCUCGCCAUUUUGCACCUGUGCUUCGAUCCCCUGUUGUAUUUCAUCAUUUGCCGUGCAUUUAGAGAUCGGGUCACUAAGGCUUUCUUAAAGCGACCCAGCAUUCCAGAUGAUGCCGAUACUCAAAUUCCAGAGUAAAUAUUCCAUUGGAGUUUUGGACCAAGUAUCACUGAGACAUCCUUAUUUACAUGUGACAGAUAGGCCAGAGAAAGAAAAGUUUAGAGAUAAACUUCGUAAUAAAUCGAAAGCAGAAAACUAGUAAAGUAUGAGGAAUGGAGCAUAUCAAAAGAGAAAGUUGAAAAUUACUGUAAUACUUGUUCAAAAAGUAUAGAUAUGUAUACAAUGAUGUAUACAUUGAUAACUCAGGGAAUGUGAUCGGUAUUUUUCUGUACAUGUGCUAUAGUGCAAAAAAAAACACUGUCGCAUAAAACGACAACUAUAAGGACAACACUGAACCUAGCUUAUAUGAGCAGGGUGGAAUUAAUUUGCCUAUCUAUCAGUCAUUAAUCACAAAUUAAUAUUAAUAAGGAAAGCUGAUAAAGUUUAUAAUGCCUAUAAAGCCUUCUAGCAUAAGACUAAAGAAGAUGGAAUGUAUAAAUUUGCUCAGAUGUGUUUGUAUGAUUAUUUAAUGUUGUGGCAUUUACUAUUUUAUUUAUGCAUGCAUUAAGCAUACGGUUGAUAAUGAAUUGUAUACUGUAAAUUGUUUGUAAUUUUCACAAUAAAACAUGGCUAAUUGAAAAUUAAUAAAUUAUGUAUUUUAAAUUUGAAAUGCUUUAUUGUAAAUAAAGAUAGGACUUUAUAUAUUUUAAAUAUUGUUACCACGUUAAUGUUAUUUGUAUUAAUUUCCCUUUUAUAAACCUUUUGAUGGAGGUUGGGUUGCUUGUUAUUCGCAGAAAUUAGAAAGAAAGAGGCUACUCGUGCUUAUAAACAGUCACAACAGUAUGUGAGUCAUUGUCUGGGGUGGUAUGACUGUCUGUCAAAAGGUCUUGAACACCCACUGGUUAUUAAUCAUCACCUUUCUGUCAGUGUGUCGGCUAAGCUAGGAAAUUAUUUUUUGUCUCAUAACCUGGAUAUUCCCAUGUUAAAAUGUUUUUUAAGCAAAUAGUACUGGGCUGGACUACUGGAUUAGUCAAAUAAUGUUAUUUAAAUUUUCUUAUAUGCUUAAUGUCUUGUUAUAACCAGGUUAUUACAUAUGUUUAAAAAAAUUACUAUUUCUGUAAAAUGGUUUGAUGUUUAUUACAGAUGUCAUUUUAUUCAUGCAGUUAGCCAACACAACCUAAUGGCCAUUCACAGUGUUGGGGAAAGUUACUUUUAAAAGUAAUGCAUUACAAUAUUAAGUUACUCCCCAAAAAAGUAACUAAUUGCAUUACUUAGUUACUUUUCAUGGAAAGUAAUGCUUACAUUACUUUUACGUUACUUUUGCAUUCCUUUUUCUUACUUGGCUGAGGCUUGAUCUCUUUCAGGCCUUGUAGGUGUUUUUUAUGAUUGCAAAAAUGUCAAACUCAGGCCUGCCAUCAUCGUUUCUGACUCAAACUGUUCCCGCUCAGUCGCACAGAGUGCAUAAUUCUACGUUAAUAUGUUCAAUUUAAUUCAGUACAUUAUUUUAUUUUAAAAUUUAAUGAAUUAAACUGAAAAGUAACUCACAUUACUUUUUAAAAAAAGUAACUCAAAUAUUACAUGUACAUUUAUAAAGUAAUGCGUUACUUUACUCGUUACUUCAGAAAAGUAAUAAUAUAACGUAAUGCACAAUAUUUGUAAUGCGUUACCCCCAACACUGGCCAUUCAGACGUAUUUUAUGGCUAAUUCCUAUAAAUUUGUAUGACCAAAAUUCCUAUAUUUUCUAUACGAUUUUGCACCUGUGAAAUUAGGUUUAGGGGCGAGGUUAGUGGUUAUUGUUUUUUUUUCUAACAAUUGUAUGUUUUUGCAUGAUUCACACAAAUUAGCCAACACGUAAAAUUCAUACAAAUUCUAG